AUGAAGAAUGGGUCUAUUGCACCGCUUGAAAUUACUCAUGUUGAACUGGUGUAUGACCUGGAGGUUGUUGGCGAUGCCGAACUGCGUACUAUCUUGGCCCGCGGAGACCCUCCUUUCGAGGUUUAUUGGGGUACAGCCACAACUGGCAAACCGCACGUUGCCUACUUUGUGCCCGUCAUCAAGAUCGCGGAUAUGCUUCACGCGGGUGCUAAGGUGACCAUCCUCUUUGCUGACUUGCAUGCCUACCUGGAUAACAUGAAAGCGCCAUGGAGUCUGCUUUGCCUACGCGCCAGUUAUUACGAAACCAUCGUCAAAGGAAUGCUCGAGGCAGUCGGUGUGCCACUGGACAAGUUGCACUUCAUUCGCGGCUCGGAGUACGAACUAACAAAGUAA